GGAGAGAGUCAGCAGAAGGGCAGAGACGGGAGCAAAGGAGAGACUAAGGAGGCAAAGGAGAGACUAUCGAGAAGAAGGAUAGACAGAGGGAUAGGGAGACAGAGAGAAGGGAUAAAGAGACAGAGGGGUAAAGAGACAGAGGGGUAAAGUACGAGAGGGAGGUCUCGCAGUGACUCACUCAUUCCUCCAGACAGCUAGAGACAGGCAGACAGUUUCAAGUUUUGUGCCAGGACUUAGGAAAGUGACUCAUUCAUUCCUUAGAAGAAAGUGAGGGAAUGAAGAGAGGGAGAGACCGCUGGCACCGGUAAGUGGUCACCCAUCUCAACACGUGGCAGGAGAGCAGCAGAGCGAGGGCCACCGGCGGCAGAAGGGGGCAACAAACCGAGGAGCCACAGAGAUGAUGAGAGUGUGCAACGUGCUGCAGCUCCUGCUGCUUCUUCUUGUGGUGGAGAUGAGCAUGGAAGAGUCCACAGGGUCCGGAUGUUCAGACGGGUGGCAGUGGAGCAACGACCUCGGCAAAUGUAAAGACUGCAAAAUCUGCGACACGUCCAGCAAAGACGACUUCUGCCAGAAAUGUGACAGCUCUGACAAACAUGAAGACUUCCCCUGGCUGAUGGUCGUCAGUGUCACCGCGGUCUCCGUCUUCAUCAUCACCUUCAUCCUCGGUCUCACUAUUUACCUGACACAAUGCCGGCCGAAGAAGAAGUUCACCACCCCCAUAGAAGAGACCGGAGCCCACUCUGCCGAAGAACUUCUCAUACACUGAAGGUCACCACAUAUGGAUCCAGAGAGGAAGCUGCUACUGAGCGCCGUGUAUAUAUACAUAUAUGUAUAGGAGGUGUAUAUACUGUAUCUAUAUGUAUGUAUAUAUAUAUUGUCUCCUGCGCUGGACGCAGAACGUGACAUUAUUUUUAACCCUCUCUCACUGGGAGGGAUUUGGAUUCACUGCCGAGCAGUGUCUUACUCCAUACUCCCCCCUCCUCCCAGCAGGCAAGGGGUUAACCCUGCUUCCUGCGCCCCACUUUCCUUCCGUUCACACGUUCUGCAGAAACGCCACCAGAUCACGACCCGCCGCCACACAUUCCGCCCGGAGCAGAGACUCUGAGCUCCGCCGAUCAGGAGAAGCCGCGUCUAGAAGACUCAUGUGCCUUGUCAGGAACGCAGGGGAAGAAAAUAAAACGUGAUUUCCUUUUGCA